GCUUUGGUCUCCUUGCAAUGCCUCCUGGGAAUGUUUUCCUUCUGCCAUUAUAGCUUGGAAUAUGAAGCUGCUUUAUUUUUACCGAGUACUAAUGCCAAAGGGUUUGCAUUUAGUCUUAAAAGGGAGUUUUAAAUUGAGUUUUUAGCAAUGCUGAAACUGUAAAGACUUAGGCAACAGAUAUGAGCCUUGGGUGGGGGUCAGGGGUGUACUGUUAAUGGGUGGAACCUAAAAUGUCUCCUAAGUCCAUGUCAUGAAGACUUAGUCAUCACCUCAUUGGCUUUUGAGAGAUGGUGAGACCCUGAGAACUCUUAUAUCACCAAUGGCUUGAUCUGCUUCUGGGUUUAAUGAGCUACUGGGAAGUGAUGGGAACUUAGGGGGUAAGAUGUAAUAGAAGGGGAUGGGCCAUGUAAAGAUGCCCUUGGGGACUGUUCCUUAUCACAGGUCCUUCUGGCCCCUAUGAGGUGACCAGGCUCUUCUGCCACAUGCUCUUACUGCCUUGCCUCCUGUGCCUAAGAUGAUGGGGGAAAUAUCUGAGGAUUAUGAACUGAAAGUCUGGAGCCAUGCUAUACAUGCUAGCAAAGAUUCUACCACGGAGCCACACUCCUCACUGUCCUGUGCCAUCCCUGAUCACUGUUACCAAGUGCCAGUAACACCUGUUCCCCCAACAAUGGAAUAAUCCAUAGUUUUCAGACUUAUCAAAUGUCCCACCAUGGACAAAACAGUCCCUUUGGCUAGCCAUAUCCAGAUCAUGAGUUAAGCUGCUUUCCAGCAGGAUAUUACUUAACAAGAUAAAUUUGGACUCUGCAUUGUGAUUCAUAUGGCUUUAUCAUAUAGUUCCUGUAUCACUUCCUUUGAUAAAGUUCAAUUUUAUUCCAACUGAACUUAAAGAAGAGGGAACUUAAAAAGAAAAAGAUGGGGAACUUACUCCCAAGUUAUUAGGGAACUACCCAAGACAUGGGGCAGGAAGAUGCAUGGAGACCUUUGGAUGCUGGGGUUCUCCCUUUUAGAAGGGAGCUCAUAGGUGUUGGGUUUUGUUUGUUUCAGUGCUAGUGUAGGGUAUCAGGCCAGUGGAAAAUCAUACUGCCUGCCCCAUUGCCCCCCAGACUCAAUUUUAACUGCCAGUGUUUCAAAGUUGGCAGACAAGCAAUUCUUUCAGCUGUGCUGUGCUUUUACACUAGCUCAGUGUGCACGUCCCAAAGACCCCAUAAAAGCCCCCCUAGCUCUCUGCAGUCUCUGCUCUUGUCAGAGGCAGCUGCUGUUCUGUGUUUUUCCCCCAUAAAUCUCUUUUGUGAGGUUUGUUGUAUCAUGUGACUUUGCAGUAUUCUUUGGCUUCCUGACUGCCAAGAAACCCUUACAAUUAUGGACCAAAUCCAAAGUUCUUGCACAUGUUAGGUACGUGCUGUAUCACUGAGAUACACCCUAGCCUUCUCUUAAUUUGUUAUUCCAUAGAAUUUCUUAUGAUAAUUUUAAAAUUCCCUUUGUAGCCUUGCAAAAACUGUUUCCAGAUCCCCGGAUCACUCAUGGUCAAUAGAGUACUCUGAACCUCCAUUGAGAUAUGUCCAUACUAGCAGUUUUCAACCUGUGGCAAAUCUUUUUCAACCUCUUUGGCAAAUCUGUCUCUAAAAAUACUUGCACUGCGAUUCAUGAUUGAAGGAACUCUAGCCAGCCUGAGCAUGGCCAACAUGGUUCUGGUAGACUUUUCCCUCUUCCCUGAUUCCCUCUGCCUUGCUAAAAACCCAUUAGGUGACAUUCCCAAAGCCAGCCAACAAGGUCUAUUCCCUUAUUUGGUCACUUCCUCUUCCCGAGGCUGACUACCAAGGUCUAGCUACCAAAAUACUGUAGUCCAGCAAUCAACCCUUUGACUCACCUAACACAUCUAGUUAAAAGUAAACAUCUCAUCCUAGCUCUGGGUUUCCCCAUUUUAGCUUUAUAAACUACCAUUUGCCUAUGUGCCACAUCUGUGUCCUCUCUGUCCAGAGGUAGUCCUUUGUCCUGGGGUCCUGAGUCCAUAUGGACCCCUUCAUACAGAGUACUAGAAAUCAAUGGUUUUUAUAGAAACUUUAAAAAGUUAUAAUCUCCACUAAGCUAAUUUUAAGACUCAGGACAACUUGCUGGUAUAAUACAUACUCCAAAAGCUUGGAAUCUUUAGCCAUCAAGACCUGUCUAUCCUGCGCUAAGAAAUACAAGCUUGUUCAAAUUUAAUCUGAGUUCUACAUGAUUUGAAAUUUGACAUUAAAGUAUCUAAAGUAUCUACAUCCAGUAGAAAACAUUUCAAGGACUCUCCUUAUCUGUAUUUUUACAUAGAUGGUCACUUUUUUUUUUUCCACAUACGCCAAGUCCCAUUGAUUUUCUUCAGUCCCACAGUUUUCUCUUUCUGAGAAGUCACUGUCUUUAUAGAAACACUAUUUCUGCUUAAUGAAAGCAGGAAGAAGGGAAACAUGCAGCAGGUCUGGGAUGUUGCUAAGUGGUAGAGACCCUGUAUAAAGUCCUGGGUUGAUCCCACUACUAAAAACACAAAAAUAAUGAAGGUGAGUGAUCCUAAAUUAUUUGCCACCAGCAAACAUUCAAUAUGAACAAACUUCUAAAGAGGUGCCAACAUUUUUUACUUAAGAAAAAAAAGACAACAAAGGUUGAAUUCCAUCUUGUAAGCCUAAUAUAACGUUAUCCAGAAUGUAGCACUUACAUACUAUGGAGGGGAAAAAAAGUUCUUUAGCAGUCACUUUGACAAGCUUAGAGAGAUCAGAUUGAUUAUGAAACACCUCCAGUAAGCUGUACAGUCAUAAAACAUAGUAAUUCUGCAAGAAACAAGACUAUUUACACCGAGUCCUUCAAUGACACAUAGCCUCAACUCGGUUCAGGGCAGAUUACUACCAAAAGGAUUUCGGAAAGGCAGCAGCUUUUAAUAUACUAAUUUGAAAUGAAGUCUUUAAACUGUGUCGAAUGAGUGAGCAUGUAAAAUAGUUUUCCUUCCACGAAAAUCAAACAGAAGAACAAAUAAACUGUCUAUAAGCUUAAAAUUGUAACAAUUUAUUUCAAAAGGUAAAUUAAAAAAUGCAUUGACCUGUGAAAAUAAAUUGACCUCAUAGUCUUCCUCUAGAACUUGCUAGCUUUCUGGAUUAAAAAUGCUACUUCUUAGACUGAUAAAAAAAAAAUUCUGGCCAGCUCAAAGUUUGAAGCUUGAACAUCGCUAGAGACUCCAAGGGCUUGCAGCUGGCCAAAUCUUAGUCUCAAAGAGGCGACGAGGCCAAACCGGAUCCAUUCUGCUGCUAUUCUCUUGCCAGCACACAGGGUAGACAAAAUAAAAUGUCUCAGUACAACUCCAGUAAAAAUUCUUGCUUGGGCCAUGCAAAGGAGGCUCGCACUCGCAAGGGGGAGCGACUGGGAAGAAAGAACACAGCGCCAAGCGCCUAAGACUUCGGUAAAAAGCAGGCUGAGCCGCGGGCCCUCCUUACCCAGCCACAGGGCUGUGCCGGAGCGUGGGCAGAGCCGCCUACAUCUCUGGACCUAGGCCAAUCUCCCGCAGCAUCCGGAAGGAAGCUGCUGUAGCCGGGACUGCAAAGAGCUAAUCGGAUUUUCUGCUCGCGUUCCUGGGGUCCGCAGCCUGGGGCGCAACCAGAGCCAGGGAGACCGGCGGGGGCGGGACCUGCAAGACUCGACAGCCCACCCCUUCCAGCGCGGGGUGGGACCCUCGCGGCUUUCCGUCCAAUCCCGUUUCCCGACGCGCGCAGGGCGGGACCCUCACGGCUUUCCGUUCUAGUUCGGCUUCAGGGCCCCAGGCUAACCCGGGUAGUGGCUGAGUGCAGAGAGCCAAGCCGGGUGCAGGAGGUGAGGAUUCUGGGGCGGGCUGCUUGCUCUCCCUCCUCUCCCACACGGCGAGGGGUUAAGGGGUAUUGCAGUAGCGCGAAGCUGAGCUGAAUGCAGUCCGGCUGUGCGCCGAGGCGUCCGGGUCAGGCGCGGGCGUGGUGUCCCCAGAGCAUCUCGCCCUUCUGGUUUGGGGUGCUCACCCCUUCAGUUGCGCCCGCCUUGCUAGAGUGUCGGAGUGCUGAUCGACUGUUUUCUUACUGUGACUAUACCAUGGAAAAUCAAUUGGCUAAGUCAAUUGAAGAACGAACAUUCCAGUACCAGGACUCUCUUCCGCCCUUGCCCGUUCCUUCGCUUGAAGAAUCACUGAAGAAGUACCUUGAGUCAGUGAAGCCAUUUGCAAAUGAAGACGAAUACAAGAAAACUGAAGAAAUAGUUCAAAAGUUUCAAGAUGGAGUUGGCAAGACAUUGCAUCAGAAGUUACUUGAAAGGGCUAAAGGAAAAAGAAACUGGCUGGAAGAGUGGUGGCUCAAUGUCGCCUACUUGGAUGUGCGUAUUCCAUCACAACUGAACGUGAACUUUGUGGGUCCGUCUCCCCACUUUGAACACUACUGGCCUGCAAGGGAAGGCACUCAGUUGGAAAGAGGAAGCAUACUACUGUGGCACAACUUGAACUACUGGCAGCUGCUAAGAAGAGAAAAAUUGCCUGUACAUAAAUCUGGAAAUACUCCUCUAGACAUGAACCAAUUCCGGAUGCUGUUUUCUACCUGCAAGGUUCCGGGAAUCACUAGAGAUUCGAUUAUGAAUUAUUUUAAGACUGAGAGCGAGGGGCAUUGUCCGACCCACAUUGCCGUGCUGUGUCGAGGCAGAGCGUUUGUCUUCGAUGUCCUCCAUGACGGUUGUUUGAUCACCCCACCAGAACUUCUCAGACAACUGACAUACAUCUACCAGAAAUGCUGGAAUGAACCUGUUGGGCCCAGUAUAGCGGCAUUAACCAGUGAGGAGCGAACUCGGUGGGCGAAGGCAAGAGAAUAUCUGAUUGGUCUUGAUCCAGAGAACUUGACUUUAUUAGAAAAAAUUCAAUCCAGUUUAUUUGUGUAUUCCAUAGAAGACACCAGUCCACAUGCAACCCCAGAAAAUUUUUCUCAGGUCUUUGAAAUGCUUCUUGGUGGAGAUCCAGCAGUGCGCUGGGGUGACAAGUCCUAUAAUCUGAUUUCCUUUGCUAACGGAAUAUUUGGCUGUAGCUGUGAUCAUGCUCCUUAUGAUGCAAUGGUUAUGGUGAACAUUGCUCACUAUGUUGAUGAGAAGCUCCUAGAGACGGAAGGGAGAUGGAAGGGUUCAGAAAAAGUCCGGGAUAUACCGUUGCCAGAGGAGCUGGCUUUCACUGUGGAUGAGAAGAUACUGAAUGACGUCUACCAAGCCAAAGCCCAACACCUCAAAGCAGCAUCUGAUUUACAGAUAGCAGCAUCUACCUUCACAUCUUUUGGCAAAAAGCUCACUAAGAAGGAGGCCCUUCACCCUGACACCUUUAUUCAGCUCGCUCUUCAGCUCGCCUACUACAGACUUCAUGGACGCCCCGGUUGCUGCUAUGAAACAGCUAUGACAAGAUACUUUUACCAUGGCCGAACAGAGACUGUGCGAUCUUGUACAGUGGAGGCCGUCAGGUGGUGCCAGUCCAUGCAGGAUCCUUCUGCCAGUCUCCUUGAACGUCAGCAAAAGAUGUUAGACGCUUUUGCAAAGCAUAACAAGAUGAUGAGAGAUUGUUCCCAUGGAAAAGGAUUUGACCGUCACCUUUUAGGCCUUUUGCUCAUAGCAAAAGAGGAAGGCCUCCCUGUUCCAGAACUGUUUGAGGAUCCACUUUUCUCCAGAAGUGGAGGAGGUGGGAAUUUUGUGCUGUCAACAAGUCUGGUUGGUUACUUACGAAUUCAGGGAGUCGUGGUUCCCAUGGUACAUAAUGGAUACGGCUUUUUCUACCACAUCAGAGAUGACAGGUUUGUGGUGACAUGUUCAUCCUGGAGGUCAUGUCUUGAGACUGAUGCAGAAAAGUUAGUGGAGAUGAUUUUUCAUGCUUUCCACGAUAUGAUACAUCUGAUGAACACGGCUCAUCUUUAGAGACUCAGAGACAUACAGGUCACAGAAACUGGGUACGGAGAAUGGGAUGGUGAUACGACAUGGAAGGAAUGUUGACUUAAAGGAAACCUGUUAAUGCAGGGAUUAGAGAGGGAUGCACUCUAGAUUUAUUCUACCUUAAAGCCUUCUGUGUUGCAACAGCAAUGCAAACUCAGACAUAGUGAAUAGAACUAUGCAAUGUUUUAAGCCUCAACAAUGCACAUCUGUAUAUUUUAACAAUACAAAUCCUACUCUAAUGUUAAAAUAUUUUUGUUGGCACAUGUGUAGGUUGCAAGUCCUCUGUGAACAUAAUUAUAGAGUAUUUCUCAAGCACUUUAAUACUUUCUAAUGGCCAGAGGGUAUAAAACCCAUGGUUAGAUGCUAAUUUCCCUGACAUCAGUGCCUUCUACAUCCAGCACAGGAGUACAAGCCUAUGAGAUUUCAUGGGAAAACCACUAUUGUUCAAUAUUGAUCUAAAAUAGCUCCUUUGAACAGACAAAAGUAUCAAGUUGUAUUAGAAAAGAAUAUUAGCAAAACUCAUUAUGAUAUGUUGUAAUUAAUUUUGUGAAUAUAAAAUCAAAACACUUCCAUUUAAAUCUACUUGGUAGAGUUAGUGGCUUUUAAAGGGUUAAAUGUCGAGUAUGAUUCUCAGAACUUUAUAAUUAUUUCCCACUGUUAUUCAAAAUGUUAGCAUAUAGACAUUCUCCCAUUGUAAUUCAGUGUUUAUAUUCUCAAAGAAUAAAGCAUCCAGAAUCCUUGUAAUUUCUCAUUUAUUUUCAAUAAAAAUGAUUCCUGAU